GGCCUCCGCACUCCGCUCAUGCCGUACAUCUCGGCUCCUGGCCUUCAGUGCCUCCUUUGCGGGUGGCUCAUUCGCGUUAUACAACGCGUGUAACAGGCGCCCGGUACAUAACGACACAGGCACGCGCCAAUUCGAAGACCAGCGCAUACGCCGGCUCGACACCACCGUCUUGCGACCUGGCGAAGCUGUGCUCAGGCAGGAUUUCUCUAUCUGGCAGUCACACCGGCAUUGCACGAACAUUUUCGACACGGACGAAGCUCGUGAACACGGCUGGUCGAUCUGGGCCCUCUAUGACGACUACUCCGGGGAUCAGACAACGAAUUUCCUGGUGAAAUACCUCACCUUUACACUCAUCCGCAAUCUAGAGCGUCUGUACCGGGGGACAUUGGGCGAGCAUCAUCCGACGCUCAUCGGCGACGACAGCACUGAGCCGGAAGUGACGUUCGGUGCCAUAGCCCCCGACGCAGCGCAAGUGCACUCCGAAAUCAAAGAUCUCUUCCUUCAGCUGGACCAGGAUAUCGUAGAGCUGCCUGUGGAACAGUUGCGCAAGACAGCCACUGAGGAACCAUCGAUCUACACCAUGUCAGCGAUGAUGCUGCAAGAAGCCCAUUCCGGAUCGCGCGCGCUCUUGUCAUUCUUCGAGGCCCGUCCGCGCCGACUCCAUGUCUCGAACAUCGGCACCUCGCGUGCAGUCCUUGGUCGGCGACGUCCCGGGCAGGACCUGUACGAUGUGCACGUCCUCUCGGCCGAACACACUGCAGGCAACGCGUCGGAAGUCGCGCGCAUCUCGGCGCUCCAUCCAGGUGAGGAGGGGCUGUUUGAAGGGGGCAAAUUCAUGGGCUGGGACUUCACUCGCGCGUUUGGGCAUGGGGCGAUGAAGUGGGCGCGGGACGCGCAGCAGUUCCUGUACGAUAACUGUUUGGGAGACAAACCGAUGGACAGGUGUAAGACGCCUCCGUAUCUCACUGCCGAGCCGGAAACGACGACAGUGGAAAUCCAGUCAGGCGACUUUUUGAUUGUGGCUUCGCAUGGACUCUGGGACUGUCUAACGAGCGAGGAAGCGGUGGGGCUGAUUGGGCUAUGGCUUGAUACCAAAAGAGUACCCCUCGACUCCUUCGAUCUGGACACCCCUCGUCGGAAGUUUUACGAGCGCACCGAUCUUCCUGUCAGACUCGCGGACAACGAGACCCAUUACCGCACCUGGAGAGUCAAGAAGCGGUUCGUGAAUGUCGAUGGCAACGCCGCCUGGCAUCUGACCCGAAAUGCGACGGGCGGUGCGAACGUGGAUGUGCAUGCUGCGUUGACUGAGAUCGGGAUACCAAGGUCCGGGAUGAUUCGUGAUGACAUCGGUGUCAUUGUCACCUUCUUCGAAUGAUAGAGCUCGUGGUUUCCACAAGCGAGGCCAGACGACAACAUAACCAGCAUAUCAGGCGCGGUGGCCUUACAGCGGGUCCAUCUUGCAGUCUGGCGAAUCAUGAUAUCUUGAAUCGCCGCGUGUCAGAUCUUGCGGACCAGCGAUCAUCUCCCGACUCCUCUGCUCUCGUCCAUACAUCUCUCAAGCAAGUAUCGUGAAUGUAUUGUAUCGUCUAAUCAGCAUAUCAUGGUAUUGUGGAUGAUGAUGGUCUGCAAUCAAGCAUCGUGAAUCUAGGGGUUCGUCUAAGGGUCCGAAAUUUGGAUGCGUAGGUAGCCCAAUUUGGGGUGCAAGUCUAAAAGUGUUCGGCAGCUAGCUACGAUACAGAAUAUGGUGCCAAGGGGUGAUCGGGCAUGUUAUUGUGGUGGUGCGGUAGGGUACGGGAUCGUAUGGUAUGGUAUGAAUGGUCAGUGAAUACAGUUGAAUCGGCCCCGCGGGUGGAAUGGAAAGCGAUCGAAUGCCUGAGAGAACGUGGCACUGAAUGAAGGGCCCAUUUCAUAAGCCGUCCCUCUCCUCGGCCAGUCGCUUCUGGAUCUGCGCACGUCGGUCCGGAGAGCUGGAUGCACGGGGUGCAACGGGAGCUGGAGGGCGGCAAAGUCAGAUAAGAGUAUGCGGGGAGGCGGAAGUAAACUGCACGCACCACCAGGACGCCUCUUCGUCGGUUUCAAGAGCGGCAUUCCGCGCUGCAGGCGCUCAGCAUUGGAAACCCAGCGCGUCUCGACGAAGACACUGGAGGGCGCCUCAGGGCCACUCUUGGGGAACGGCCAGGCUGCAGCGCAUGCGAAGAGGAAGGUGCAAACGAAAGCGACGACGAGGUGGAAUCGCAUCUCGGUGUUCGGGCUGGUCCUACGUGGAUGGUGGUGCAGGACAGGUCGGUGGCCACAGAAAAAGACGAAAUGGAGUGGGCGCUCGACGGGGUCUAAAUAGCAGCGGCACGAUCGCGUCUAGGGAAAGGGGGUGGGUGGCUUGGCGCGAAAUCGCCCCGCUCGGGAUUCUACUCAGGAGGAUGGGGAGGGGGGGAGACACGCAGGGGUGUGCAAGCGGGCAUUUCAUUCGCAUAGCGGCCAUCUUUAUCCUGUUGGCGAAGGCCGGAUGGGUGGUUUGAUAUUGGUUUGAUAGAAGUUGUGGCGCUGACGGAAUUAAUUUCUAC